AUGACAUCACAACGAAAACACGGUAAAGAGGAGGAAACAACACAAGAACAAAAAGCAGAUUUAACUCAACCUCCAAGAAUGCCGAACAUCAAAGUUUUUACGGGCAGUUCGCAUCCCGAUAUAGCGAAAAAAAUUGCUUCACGCCUCGGCUUGGAUUUAAGUAGAGCUACCACGAAAAAAUUCAGUAACAAGGAAACUAAUGUUGAAAUAGGGGAAUCCGUCAGAGGUGAAGAUGUAUAUAUCGUACAAAGUGGGUGUGGAGAAAUCAACGACAAUCUUAUGGAACUGCUUAUUAUGAUUAAUGCUUGCAAAAUCGCAUCAGCAUCACGAGUUACAGCCGUCAUACCAUGCUUUCCAUAUUCUAGACAAGAUAAGAAAGAAAAGAGCCGCGCUCCAAUCACUGCGAAACUUCUAGCAAAUCUCAUAUCAGUCGCUGGAGCUGAUCAUGUCAUAACAAUUGAUUUACACGCAUCACAAAUUCAAGGAUUUUUCAAUAUUCCUGUUGACAACCUGUAUGCAGAACCUGCUAUAACUAAAUGGAUAAAAGAUAAUAUUCCUGAAUGGAAGAGCAGUGUCAUGGUAUCCCCUGACGCAGGUGGCGUAAAACGAAUGACAUCCAUAGCAGACAGGCUCGAUAUAGACUUCGCUAUAAUUCACAAAGAAAGACAAAGAACAAACGAUGACGAAGAUGCAACAGUUCUAGUCGGUGAUGUAAGAAAUAGGACGGCCAUAAUGGUCGACGAUUUGGCAGACACCUGUGAUACUAUUGUUAAAGGAGCAAUAAAAUUGAAAGAGGCCGGAGCAAAUAAAAUCUACGCAAUUCUCACUCAUGGAGUUCUCGCUGGAAAUGCUAUUGAAAAAAUUAAUAAUUCAUGCUUAGAAGCUUUGGUGGUUACAAAUACAAUACCUCAAGAUAAAAAUAUGAAACAAUGCCCUAAACUACAAACAAUGGAUAUUGCUGUGAUGUUGGCAGAAGCUAUACGAAGAACGCACUACGCCGAGUCGGUUUCUUACCUAUUUAAUAAUGUACCAUAU